GAAAAAAGUUACCCCUGGUCAUGAAAAAAACCUAUCGGAAGCUAGAGAGAGUCCAGAAAUUACCAAAUCCACAGGGCGGACAUUCCUUUAAGCCUGGAAUUCGCUUUGUAUAUCCCUAAGCAAGAUGGUAGUAACGCGUGUACAAAGGGAGAAUUUGUAGGCUAAAUCUAGCGGAUAUAGUCUAUUAAAGUUGUCAGAGUAUUCGCGGGUUUGCAGUGGACUUAAGUUGUCUGACUUUCGAGUCGCUAACUUGCCACCAGAAGGCUACUCAAGGCGGCUGCGGAAGAAAGGAGUGCGACCAUGUCCACGGAAGAAAGAUAUAAACUGGUGGUCGUGGGAGGUGGAGGUGUGGGGAAAAGCGCCCUCACAAUUCAGUUCAUUCAGUCAUACUUUGUGUCGGACUAUGACCCAACCAUCGAAGACUCGUACACUAAGAUCUGCACCGUGGAUGGAAAGGAGACACGAUUAGACAUCCUCGACACAGCAGGGCAAGAAGAGUUUGGAGCGAUGAGAGAGCAGUACAUGCGCUCCGGAGAGGGUUUCUUACUGGUGUUUGCUCUUAAUGACAGUGGCAGUUAUGAUGAAAUUCAGAAAUUUCACACUCAGAUAUUGCGGGUGAAGGAUCGAGAUGACUUUCCUAUGGUUCUUGUUGGCAACAAAUCAGAUCUUGACCAGCAGAGAGUUAUCUCAAAAGAUGAGGCCAUGUCGUUUGCCCGAGAAAACCGGAUCCACUAUAUGGAAUCGUCAGCUAAGAACCGCCACAAUGUGGAUGAAGCCUUCAUGGAGGUUGUGCGAGCAAUAAGGAAGUUUCAGGAGACAGAGAGUCCCCCGCUCCCCGCUAACCAUGCGGGGAAGCAGAAGAGUGGUGGCUGUCCCUGCACCCUGCUCUGACUGCCCCUCUGCACUGUUGCCUAGAAGAAUGAAGCCCUCACGCUCACGCCUGGUGCCUUAUGUGUCUACACGGAGUGUGUGUGUGUGUGGCACUGUAUGCUUCAGUGUUUUAAUGGCUUUUACAGUAUGUAUGGAAGAACUGGUUUCCUAGAAGAAACUAGGCAAUAUCAAAAGAGCGAACCGUGAAUCUGUUGGAAAGAGGGAGUUCCUGUUUCAUCCACCUUUUUUUUUUUUUUUUACUGCCUUGUAAAAUCAUGCUCUUGAUUUUAGAUUCAAGCACAGUAUUUGUUUGUCUCCACCGCAGAAUGAGAUCGCAGACUGUUUGUGUGCCACACAAGAGAUUAAAAAAAUAAAUAAUUCACCACAGAGGAGGUGGUGAACAGUAGCAACAAUGUACAUUUAAACAACCACAUAAGCAAACAUAGGUGGUGCUGACAACACUUUUUGCUGGUUCUUAUGUCAUAUUUUGGAUUACUGACUCAAAAAGAUAAGUCAGACAGUAUUUUAUUGGCCCAGUGCUCUGUUCCGCCCGUCUUCUCUCGGGAGAUCCAUUGAGUCAGUGAGACUGCACUGAAAUCGCUGCUCUAGUCUACACCUUGCUUCCCAUCAGUGGCAAGAAUAUAUCCAGCCAGCUUGUUUUCAUUAAUCUCUUUCUGAUGAAGCAAUGUGGGAUGACUUGAGAUCUGAUGUGGUUUAUAUAAUUGUAGUGUUUUAGUAGUGUCGAAACAAUGGUUCUAGUAUCUGCAAUGCUAGUAUUCAUACAAACCAAAGGCUAUAAUGUACAUGUUUGCGCACCUAGCUUUGUCAUCGUGAAUAGUUAUCUAAUGUAGUUUAACACUAAAAUGGACAAAUCGUCUGGUUUUAUUUUGGGAUUAUUUUGAUCUGUUCUUUUGUUUUAGUUUCCAUUUCGAUGUCUUUUUGAAGGUACUUCUAUCUGUGCAUAAAUGCAGAAUAAGGCAGUCUGUCUCUAGGUUCACAUGCUAUUGUAAAUGACAUGCUUGUGAUUUUUGCACCUUCGUCCGUGGACAGUGAUGAAAAAGUGAUACAGAGGAAUUGCCAAAUGAAUUUACUAACAUAGCAUGAUAUUAAUCAGUGUUGUAAGGGAAUGAGUCCCUCUGUAAAUAGGUAGAAAGGCCUGGUUUGGGAUGAGGAAAAACUAGACUAGGUGCUUUUCAUACAUACUUGUCUCCAGAGGGAGUUGCUACACACUUUACAGCCUUUAAUCAAUGGGUUUUUUUUUUUUCAAACUGUGAUAAAUUCUGUUGUAGAUCAGGUUUGUCAGCCUCAAAUAAGAACAAAGCACUAUUUAAUUUGAAAUGUUAAACAAUUACGCCGUGUGAUAACAGGAUGAUUCUCAUUCAUAUCAUUUCAAUAUAAUUUCAUGUCAAGUCUGAUCAUUUCAAUUAUUAUUAUUUUUAUUUAAGAUGUGUUUUUGUUGGCUCUGGAGAAAUAUCGGACAUCAUUUAUCUUCCAAUUUUGUAUCUAAAUCUUACAAUAUCCUUUUGUACACAAAUAAAAUAUGUCUUUUAAUC